GCGUGCUGAGGAGUGGAAGCUCGACGUACCCACCAUUGGAUGGAUUUAUUUUGGGCACUACGUGGUGUACUACUUGAGCGGGCUCGGCCGUCCUUUAAGAUUUAAACCGGGCGACUUUGAGAGUAACCGAUGUUGGUUCAGGCGGGUGUGGAUGCUACAGGAGUUUAGCACGGAAGUCUUCUUGAGUAGCGAGAGUUCAGGGCUGGAGUUAAGCCAGAAGGAGACCAUUGGGGGACAGACUGACGAUCACGGAAUCAUGGGAGAGGAAGAACGAAGGAGGUUAAAUGAAGAACUGCGAUCACUGAUGCAGAUGCGCAAAUCCCACUCUCUGUAGGAUACCCUGUCGCUAAUGCAGAGACGGGUGUCAACUAAUCCUGUGGAUAAAAUCGCCGGGAUGAUGUUUCCUCUUCGAACAGAGUAUAGCCCAAUCUACGAUGAGAGACAGUCAGAAGAGGAUGCAUGGAUAGCAUUCACAAAUGUCAUGGAUAGGCAUCUUCUGUCGCAUUUGUUCUUUGACUUUCCUGAGCCUGGAAACGGAAGUAAAUGCUGGCGGCCAUCAUGGAAGCAGGUAAUGACAGAGACACUUCCAUCACAUCAUUUGAAUCUAUGGCCCAUAGGGGUUAUCAAACUGAUGGAGGGAACAGAAUCUGAAUUGUACUGUGGACCCUGCAUCGAAUCGGGUUAUGUGCAGGGACUGGCAGACGUUUUAUCCGACGGUUCGAUCCGACAGGGAGAGUUGGUCGCGAAAGAUGAUAUCGGAGCCACACACACGUUCAAAAUUGUUGCCGAGCAUCAAUACCCAGUUCCGGAUGCCUCGUAUACACUGAUAGGCAGUGGUGGAUAUGAUUAUAUACCCGAAGAGCUCGAACCGUACGUCAUGAAGUAUUGGGUGCUCGGGACGACAAGGCAGAACGGGAAAUUUCAGAAAUUUUCGGUGUUCAGGAUGCUUGAUGACGAAGAAAAGAUGAGGCUUCGAGAACUUGGAGUUGCAAAGAGCGAUAUUCAAAUGUUUCUUUGUUGAUUUAAUCGUGUUUAACAUUUAUUUGUUCUACGUCUAUUUGAUGGAGGUUCGACAGCAUAGUUAAUAAUACUAGGAUUGUCCGGGAGUAUUCAGCGUCUCUCACAUUUCUCUUAUGUCCUGAAUUUCACUGCCUCCCGCGUAUCAUAGAAG